UGCAAAAGAUGAUAUUGAUAUUGAUGCCCUUGCUGCUGAGAUAGAAGGUGCAGGAGCUGCGAAGGAGCAAGAGCCUCAGAAAUCCAAAGGCAAAAAGAAAAAAGAGAAGAAAAAACAGGAUUUUGAUGAAGAUGAUAUCCUGAAGGAGCUGGAAGAACUGUCAAUAGAGGCGCAAGGAGGGAAAGUUGACAGGGAACCUUCUACAGGAAAGGUUGAAAAUGACAAUGAAGAAAACUUAUCAAAACAAGAUAAAAAAAGGAAAGGGAAGAGUAAAAAAGCCAAUCUGGAAAAUGACUAUGACAGUGAGGAGGUGGAAGAUAAAGAUAAAAAGUCUAAAAAAACUCAAAAAGCAAAACAAGAUAUGCUUUCUGGCAGCGAUGAUGAUGAUCAUGAGACGCAGCUUAGGAAAAGCAAAGGGAAAACUCAGAAGUCGAAUAAAAAGCAUGACUUGCCAGAAGAUGAUGAAACUAACACUAAGAAAAGCAAAGAGCGUGCAGGGGCAGUGUCCACAGGUGAGAGUGGUGAUGAAUCGGAUGAUGUCUCCCAGUCUAGAAAAGGACAGAAGAAAAACCAAAAAACAAAGUCAGCUCCUGCUGCUGAAAGUGGGGAUGAUGAAGAAGAACCUUCAUUCAGAGUAAAAACAGUGGCUCAGAAGAAGGCAGAAAAAAAAGAACGUGAAAGGAAAAAACGUGAGGAAGAAAAAGCCAAACUGAGGAAGCAGAAAGAGAAGGAAGAAUUAGAAGGUGGUAAAGAACCAGCAAAGCUAAAGGAAUCUGCAAAAAAAGCUGAAGAGAAGGCUUCUGAAGUGGCAACAAUCUCUGGUGAAAAAGGAGAGACUCCUGCAGGAGCUGAGGCUGAUGAUGAGGGGGACAAAAAGAAAAAAGACAAGAAAAAAAAGAAAGGUGAGAAAGAGGAAAAAGAGAAAGAGAAGAAAAAGGGUCCCAGUAAAGCCACAGUUAAAGCGAUGCAAGAAGCCUUGGCUAAAAUGAAAGAGGAGGAGGAAAGGGCCAAAAGAGAGGAGGAAGAACGCAUCAGGCGCCUGGAGGAGCUGGAAGCGAAGCGCAAAGAGGAGGAACGAUUAGAGCAAGAGAGGAAAGAAAGAAAGAAACAGAAGGAAAAAGAAAGGAAGGAGCGUUUGAAGAAGGAGGGAAAACUUUUAACAAAAGCUCAGCGAGAAGCCAGAGCCCGAGCAGAGGCUACUCUUAAGCUACUCCAAGCUCAGGGUGUUGAAGUGCCAUCCAAAGACUCUGUGCCAAAGAAGAGGCCAAUAUAUGAAGACAAAAAGAAAAAGAAGCAGCAGCAGCCAGAAAAUAAAGAAGGUGUGGAGAGCGUGGAGGUAACUUCCCCAGCUGAAGAUGCUGUAGAACUGGAAACACCGGUAAAAGAGGAGACUCCUCUUCCAGUGGAGCCAGAAGAAAAGGAGGAAGAAGAAGAAACAGAAGAUGCGGGUUUGGAUGACUGGGAAGCUAUGGCUAGUGAUGAAGAUGCAGAGAAAGAGAGCAAACCUGUCCACAUUGAAGUCAAAGAACAAAAUGAAGUGGAUGAGGAAGAGGAGGAGGAAGAAGAUGAGGAAGAAGAGGAAGAGGAGAGUGAAGAAUCUGAAGACAGUGAAGGGAGUGAAGAAGAGGAUGAAAAGACUUCAGAUGAGAGAGAGGCAGACUCCCAAGCUAUUGGAAAACAAUCUGUGGAAAAAAAGCAGAGCAAGGAGAUCAGCUCUGAUUCGGAGUACGACUCGGACGACGACCGCACUAAGGAAGAGCGAGCCUACGACAAAGCUAAACGGAGGAUCGAGAAGCGACGAGCUGAAAACAGCAAAAAUAUGAACACUGAGAAGCUCAGAGCACCAGUCAUCUGUGUCCUGGGGCAUGUAGACACCGGCAAGACUAAAAUUUUAGAUAAGCUCCGCCACACUCAUGUGCAGGACAGUGAAGCUGGUGGAAUCACUCAGCAGAUUGGAGCAACUAAUGUUCCUCUUGAAGCUAUUAAUGAGCAAACUAAGAUGGUGAAAAAUUUUGACAGAGAGAACAUAAAAAUCCCAGGCAUGCUGAUAAUUGACACUCCAGGACAUGAGUCUUUCAGCAAUCUAAGAAACAGAGGAAGCUCACUUUGUGAUAUUGCUAUACUUGUAGUUGACAUCAUGCAUGGUUUGGAGCCACAGACAAUUGAAUCAAUAAAUCUGUUAAAAUCAAAGAAGUGCCCCUUUAUAGUAGCUCUCAACAAGAUCGAUAGGUUGUAUGACUGGAAAAAAAGCCCAGAUACAGAUGUAGCUGUCACCCUAAAGAAGCAGAAAAAGAAUACGAAAGAUGAGUUUGAAGAACGUGCAAAAGCUAUCAUUGUGGAAUUUGCAAAACAGGGCUUGAACGCUGCCUUGUACUAUGAGAACAAGGAUCCCCGCACUUUUGUUUCCCUUGUACCUACCUCUGCCCACACGGGGGAUGGCAUGGGCAGCCUGAUAGCUCUCCUCGUGGAGCUGACACAAACCAUGCUGACCAAGAGGCUGGCUGAGUGUCAGGAGCUGAGAGCUCAAGUCAUGGAGGUGAAAGCACUGCCAGGCAUGGGCACUACCAUAGAUGUUAUCCUGAUUAACGGGCGCCUGAAGGAAGGAGACACCAUUAUUGUUCCAGGGGUAGAAGGUCCUAUAGUAACUCAGAUUAGAGGCCUUCUGCUGCCUCCUCCUAUGAAGGAGCUACGAGUUAAGAACCAGUAUGAAAAGCACAAAGAGGUUGUUGCUGCUCAGGGUGUGAAGAUUCUUGGGAAAGAUCUGGAGAAAACACUGGCUGGUUUGCCAUUGCUUGUAGCGUAUAAAGAAGAUGAAGUCCCAGUUCUCAAGGAUGAACUAAUACAUGAGCUGAAGCAAACCCUGAAUGCAAUCAAGUUGGAAGAGAAAGGUGUUUAUGUCCAGGCUUCUACUCUAGGUUCUUUAGAAGCAUUACUUGAAUUUCUUAAAACAUCGGAAGUGCCAUAUUCAGGAAUUAAUAUAGGUCCUGUCCAUAAGAAGGACGUUAUGAAGGCAUCAGUCAUGUUGGAGCAUGACCCGCAGUAUGCAGUCAUCCUAGCAUUUGAUGUGAGGAUUGAACGUGAUGCACAGGAGAUGGCUGAUAGCUUAGGAGUUCGAAUUUUUAGUGCUGAAAUAAUUUAUCACUUAUUUGAUGCCUUCACAAAAUAUAGACAAGACUACAAGAAACAGAAACAAGAGGAAUUCAAGCAUAUAGCAGUGUUUCCUUGCAAGAUGAAAAUACUCCCUCAGUUCAUUUUCAACUCUCGUGACCCAAUAGUGAUGGGUGUCGUUGUGGAGGCCGGCCAGGUGAAGCAGGGGACUCCCAUGUGUGUACCUAGCAAAAACUUCGUUGACAUUGGAAUAGUUACGAGUAUUGAAAUUAACCACAAACCAGUGGAGGUGGCAAAAAAGGGCCAAGAAGUAUGUGUUAAAAUAGAACCUAUUCCUGGUGAAUCACCUAAAAUGUAUGGACGACAUUUUGAAGCAACAGAUAUCCUCGUCAGUAAGAUCAGCCGUCAGUCCAUCGAUGCUCUGAAGGACUGGUUCAGGGAUGAAAUGCAGAAGUCUGACUGGCAGCUUAUCGUAGAGCUGAAGAAAGUGUUUGAAAUCAUCUAGAUAACUUUUCACAGCAACUUGGAGGCAGGAAUGAAUGUGCUAUUCCUGUUCAAAAGUUACCAACAAAGUCAUAUAUUGAAGACAGUGUUGGAUAUAUGUUUGGGAGGAAAAUAUGUGGAUAAAAAUGUUUUCCAUGAGAAACCAAGAAAUUUACACUGGUUUGACAGUGGUCAAUUUACAUGUUCCCAUGGUUCCAAUGUGCCUGUUCACCUCUCCUCCUGCCCUUCCUAAUACUGGCUGCUGUUUUAAAGUUUGCCCUUCCUUCUCUCACACCUUCCUUCCACCCUUUUUCCUCUCCCUCUCUCCAAAAUAAAAUGAAAUAAAUUGAAUUUUUAUUACAGAACUAAAGCUCUUUCACUUUUAUACUGAUGAGAUCAGUACUGCAGUAUUUGAUUAACCAAGCUUCUGCAGACUUUGUGAUUCCUGGGACAUUUUUUGAUGUAAGAAGUAUUUCUUUAUUUAUGCGUACCUCUUCCCUUCACUCUCUUUUCCGACAUUCUUCUGCUUCGUGCCUAUAGAAAUUUUUUUAAAUAGGAAAUUAGGCAAUUGGAUAUUUCUGUAUUUGCUUUGUGUGAAACAAUGAUGUAAAGCAUAGCUGGCCAUCCUUUACUGCUUGUACAGUUCAUGGAAGUCGACCUGUAAUCAUUAUAACGCAGAGCCGCAAAUAAAGGAGCUGGAC